UGCUUGAAGAUUCAUUCUUACAACUUAAUUGGUCAGACGAGGCAAAAAUUAAUACAUAUACGAGAAGACCUUUUCAACCACGUCUUAUUGAGGAAGUAGUACUUGCCUAUUUAAACGGUGAUACCUCAACUCAACGUUGCACAAGUGACUUUCCCGAUCGAGCUAUCAUUCAACAGCUAAUUCCUAACAGCAAUAAAGUUUUUCGUGUGGUCGUAGGUAUAAGAGGGGAUCCUUGGACUAUAAUAAGUUUCUAUAGUUCGUCGGCGCGUCGAAAAUUUUUCAAAAAAAUUAAACACAAAAAGAAGCAUGAUAAACAAAAAACCAUGACAGAACAUGAUAAACAAGAACCCUUGGCAAAGUUCAUUGCGAAUUUCACAUACUAUGAUGAUACAAAUGCGCUUGUAGUAAAUUUUACAGAGGAACCCGAUGAGCUUGCCGAAGAUGCAACUAAAUACAUUCUCGUAUAUUACAAUCAGACUGACAAGAUAAUGGCAAUUCGUAUAGAUUCACCAACAAUAUGUAUUCGAGGGAUAACGAAUGACAAGCCAUCCUUUACACUUAACCCCACUUAUGAUGAGGAACGCGACAUAUUUAAAAUUAACUUUGCAGAUUCCAUUUCCAUGACUACAUUCCAAAAAACUGAUGUUGAGGAUGUCGAGAUAGAAAUAGAUGAUGAAGGAAAACUCGUUGCAAUAUUAUUCCACAAUGCAAAUAUCAAGAUGGCAAACAUGUGUGUAAAGUAG